AUGUCACGCGGGGGACACUGGCGCCAGCCAGCUAUCGGUUUGUGUCUAUGGCUGGUGAUCGGCGUUGUGCUCAGCGGUCAGACGACAAGAGCACUGUUUCUACCGGAUCUGUCUCCGACCGGCUUUCGCAACUACAUCGAGAAUCGCGGCAACGACACGAUUGCCGCUGUCAAAGUUUAUGCGCCCUGGUGCCACCACUGCCAGGAUAUGGAAGACGAUUGGAAUAUCCUCGGUAAUAUCUUCGCAGACUUGUCGAACGUGGUCAUCGCCAGCAUCAACGGCGACAAGCAUGUGAAACUUCGCGAGUCUCUGGGUGUGACAGGCUAUCCCACGAUAUUCCUCUAUGACAAGGGAGCGGAGAAGCCACGUGACUGGAAGUACGCUCGCAACUGGGGUCUCCUGGCCAUGGAGAUGAAGCGAAUGGCACAGGAGGCCGGCGGCAGCACCGCCAGCGAAGUCGAAUCCGUCGCUAUACCGCAGUCGCCCACGUUGCUCACGGAGUAUCGAGCGCGCUAUGCCCGAGUGACGAAACAGUCGCCGAUCAUCAAGCUGGAUGAGAAGUCGCUGACGGCAGUGGCAUUCGAUCGCAGUCGCGACGUUGUGCUGGCGGUUACGAAACAAGGCGCUCCCCAGAUGUCCUCGUUCAUGAAAGCGUUUGCGGAAGCGGGGACGUCUUUUGUGGUAGCUGGUCAUUCGCCGAACGAAAUCGUGUUUGCCGAAGUCGAUGCCGCGACCUACAAUCAAAUCCAGGAAAAGGAGAAAUUGCCUCCUUUGAAAUCAGCACCUGCUGUGCUGUUCCUGCCACAGGGUCCCGACAAGAGAACCAAGAUCGACACACUCGUGAGCGACGCUGGAGCAGCCUCGAAGAUGACCGCUGCUGCGCUCAUCGAUCUCGUUAACGCGAAGGCCGGUACAGAGAUCACAGUCGGGGGCGCACUGCACCCGCAAGCUGGCCGCAUUCCGCAGCUAGACAGCAUCAUAGCAGCGUGCUUCAACGACGCUGCGUUUCGAGCAAAGUACCCCAGUUAUGAUGAGGCGCGCCGCGCAAACUUCAGUGGCGUAAGUGACCUCAUCAAACAGACCGACCAAAAGUUGGAGGAUAAGGUUUACGAACUCUCUGGAGAUGGAACGCUUUCAGCGGUGCAAGGAAACUUUUAUCUGAAGACGUUCGAAAAGUUUGUGGAUCCAACAUCGGAAGGCCUCAAAGAGAUCGUUCAAAUGAUCGGCAGAUACGAACACACACUGGAAGAGGCGCCCCUGAAAAAGUCCAUGCAGGCAUCGCAUUUGCGCGAGUUCGCUCGAAUGCGGAACCUGAUGCGCAUUUUCGAAGAACACUCCGAGGAGCUGCGCCAAGAAGUCGAAAAGCUCACUCGUCGAGUGAAGUCGCUAGUAGCAGACUCAGUGACGAUCGACAUUCUCGAUGACAAGUUCCGCGGCGAUGACGAGACUCGCGAGCGCUUCGCCGAGCGAGUUCGCACGCUCAGCGAGGCCCGCGCCGAGGCACUCGCGGCGGCCUCGCGUGGACAGCCGUACAGAGCUCGCGAGGCGGUCGUCGCUCAGGCAGUUGCAGGCAUUCGCGACAAGCACGUCUGGGUCGUUCCAAAAGGCAGCAUCAUUCCGAACGAGGUGGUCUUCAAAGUUGCUGAGCAAAAGCUCCCCGACCUCGUCGUUGUGCUGGGCCCGGCCGCACAAGAGCAGGCCCCCCAAAAGCCCGCAUUUUAUUCGAAACAUGAUAAGAUGUCGUCAGGGCCGAACGCUGCACCCGCAGAGCCGCUCGAGUACACCGAGAAUGCAACCGACCUCGCAACAGUCACCCGUUACCUUGAGCGAGCGAUGCUGCCGCCGCCACCGAGCAGCGUUGUUGAGCUCACCGACAAGACUUUUGCAAAAGUCGCUCUCGAUAAGGGCAAGACUGUGAUGGUGGCGUUUGUGGCCAGCUGGUGUGGCCACUGCAAGCGUCUCAAGCCCGAGUACGAAAAAGCGGCUGCGAUUAUUGGGCGCAGGGGUCUGGAUCCCGACCGAGUCGUCAUGGCAAUGAUCGAUGCGGACAAGUACGACCGCAUUCGCGACGAAUACGCCAUCCAGGGUUUCCCGACGAUCAAGCUCUUCCACGCCAGCGACAAUCUGGUGGAAGACUACCAGGGAGGUCGCUCCGCAGCCGAACUGCUCUCCUAUCUUGAAUCCAAGGCCCAAGAAGACGCAAGCGGCAAGCGUCUACAGACUGUUGACGACGAGUCGAAAGGCGGACGCAAAUUCGUCCAGGAGCUGACACCCGAAACCCUGGACGCUCUGCUGGAGCAACCCGACAAAGCGGUGCUGCUCAUGCUGUACGCUCCAUGGUGUGGCGCCUGUCAGCGCCUCAAGGCCUCCUACGAGAAACUCGCGGAAUACUUUGCUUCGCGUCGCGAGGAUGUGGUGAUCGCCCGUCUCGAUGCCGACAAGCAUGCGUCGGAGGUCGAGCAACGCAUCAAGAUCGAACACUACCCGACGUUCCGCUUCUGGCGCAAGGGCGGUCCAGAGAAACGGGCUAUGGAUGAAUCACUCGAUGAGCUGCGUUACGACGUGGACCUGGUCGCGCUACGCCACUUUGUAGAGGAACACGCUGGUACACCCAAACCGGUACCGCUGGGGAGACGUAUUUUCAGGCGGCUGCUCACCAGCGCCAGCGACCUGCUCGGGUACCUGUCGCACCGGAUGCCGUUCCAGGUGACGACGCCCUGGUACCUCGCGAUGCUAUCGCUAUCAACCGUGUUCUUGGUGUACGGUCUGAUUCGCGUGCUUCCGACUCGUGCUCGCAAACGAGCGUUGCACACAUCAACGAAGAAGACCGAGUAA